UGGCCGACCAAAACGAAAGUCUGCCGCCUGCAAGCACAGCAGAUGGACAACCAGAAGAAGAGAAAGCUGCUUCAGUUGGUGAAGUUGUUUCACAGGUUACAGUGAAAGCACUGCAGGAGAUUGAUACAGGAGACAUGGAACCUGCUGGUCAAGAGGAUAUACAACCAGCAUCUUCAUCAAGACCACCAUCAGCUAAAGGGUCUACAGCUGGCUCAAGACCAACAUCAGCAGCAAGAAAACAGCUGUCCAGACCUGCCUCUGCUUCAGAAAGGCCAGAGAGUGUAGCAAGAAGUCCAAGUGCAGCUGAGAGACGUCCCUCAGCUGGCAGUCAUAAAGGCUCCAGGCCAGCCACAGCAACCAGGAGUAGAUCAGGUUCUGCCCAUGAGAGACCACUGUCUGCAGCACAGAGCAAGCAAGAUGCUCCAGCAGAUCCACCAAUGUCAAUCACUGGCAGCCGACCUGGCUCAGCACAAGGGAGACCACAGUCUGCUACCAUCAGCCCCAAACCUUCCUCACAAGAAAGGGUAGGAUCAGCAAGGGGCAGCCGUAAAGGAUCUGCAACAGAGAGGCCUAAAUCAGGUGUGGCAAGCCGUAAAAGUUCAGCAACAAAACAAAGGCCUUCCUCACAGCAGCAAGCUGGUACAGGUUCCAGGCCAACCAGUGCUGCUCAAGAUACCCAGAAACCACAAGUGCCUCAAGAACAAGUGUCUCAAGAUGCCCAGGAGCCACAACAAGAGCAAUCCUAUGCAGAACAAGUCCCCCAAGGUGAUGAUGCUGAGGAGCCUCUAGAUGACGAUGAUGAGGAUCACUUCUUGCCACUGGAAGCCCAGUUUAGUGGUGCCCCUGUGGGUGGGGACGGGGGUGACGACGGGGGCGACAGCAGUGGUGAUGAGGAAGGGGAUCAAAGAGAGCGUGGAGACCUGGUCCCUGUGGAGGAGAGUGAUGAAGGCAGCGAUAAUGAAACUGAUAUGGUGGUCCUUGACCCCAAUCAUCCCUUGAUGAAAAGAUUCCAAAACGCCCUCAAAAGCCAUUUGACAAAACAGCUGGAAAGGGUGGCGCUAGAGCUUCGUGAACUGGAAGCGGGUGUGAAAACAAAGGGUAAAGAACGUGAAGACCUUGGAGUAGAAUUAUAUGGAGUUCAACAAGAGUUGGCACGGUAUCAGAUGAUCCUGGAAAAGAAACAUGAUCUUCAGGCUGAGGAAAACCAGAAGAGAAGCCAGGAAGAAACACAGCUGAUUGAUAUCAGGGACAUGUACAAAGACUCACAGCUGGCAGUAAACAGGGAAAAGAAAAAGUGCUCUGAACUGCAAACAGAGGUGGAGAAUUUGGCUCUGCGCCUGUUUUAUAUGGAGAAUGCUAAGGAAGAUGUGCGAUCUGACAUUGCUAUCAUGAGAAGAGCUGCAGAAAAGGCAGAGACAGAAGUUGCCAAGGCUGAAGUAGACAAACAAAAGCAGGACUUGUUUGUGGAUCGCCUUGUGGAACGCGUGGACAAGCUGAAGGAGGAGGUGGCUUUGUACGAGGCCCAGGUGAUAGCCCAAAGAGAGGAAACCAAGAUUGCUAAGGAAGCUCUAAUGGAGGCUCACUUUGAAAUUGAGGCAAUAGGUUUGGAGAAGAAGCAGCUGUUUCAGCAGUGGAAUAGCAGUCUAAUUGGGAUGAGGAGACGAGAUGAAGCUCAUGCUGCCAUGCAAGAAGCACUUCGUCAGCAACAGCAGAAGAUUUUGUCUCUGGAAACAGAAAUUGAGGCAUACAAGAAGACGAUCUCCAAAGAGCAAGAGCAGAAUGAAAAGCUUACACUGAUUUUGAAUAAGACAGAGACAGACAUUGCCACCAUUAAAAAAAUGUUCAACCAGUGUCAGGUGAAACAUGAUGCUCUGAAGGCAGAGUAUGCUACGUAUACUCGCAUGUUACAUGAGACGGAGCAGGCUCUGAACAGGGCCUCAAUGGACAAGACGCUGAAGGAGAGCGAGUUGUCUGAUUUGAGGAAGAUGAUAGAACGUGAGUUCCGAGAUAAAAUGGAGCUUGAGGAUUUAAUCAUGGAGAAGAUGAGGACACAGCUGACCAUGGACAAGGCUUCUCAGUACACAGACAAACUGAUCAGGAAGACACGGGAAAGAUCCAGGACUCUGGAACAGCAAAUGGCUGAAGUGGAAAAUAACUUGUCACAUGACAUGCUGGAGAUCUCUAAUGUUUGUACACGAAUAGAGCAGCUAGACAAAGUCCUGGGCGGGCUUGAUGAAGCCAUACGCCAGAAGAAUGAGAUCAUUAACCGAAGCGACAUCGAAAUUGUCAGGAGAAAUGCCAUCAUAGAGAGAAAGCAAAACUUGAUUGAUCAGUACAACAAGAAACUGGAGCAUCUCAUCAGCAGUGCUGGGGGUGUGGAGUUAGGUCCCCUGGAAAUCACCAUCAACUCCUUGAUGAAGUCUAUUGAUGCAAAGCUGCAGGAGCUGGCUGAUCUUCAGCAGCUAUGGCUCAGGCAGCAGAGUGAGCUGGUCAGGUUAACCAAGGAGAGAGAGGAACAACAGAAGGAUGUGGAGACACACAAGAAACAGCUGACCAUUCUCUCCCAGAGGAAGAUUAGAAUUGAAAAUGAGAUUGAAAGUCAGAAUCGUGAAGUUUACGACAUUGAACGUAAUGUGAGAAACAUGCAGAAUGAUGUGGUUAAGCUGAACACGCUGCUGCACAAAGAAACUGGCACCCAGAGCAACCUUCAACAAGAGACCAUCCUGCUGGAGGGAGAUUUCAUUGCUUCUCUUAAGGAAGCAGAAAAAGAAUCCAUUGGCAUGCAGGCCAAGCUUGAAGAACUUAAAGAGGAGAAAGGGAGAAUGUUGAACAGUUUGGUGGAAGCAGAGCGUCAGAUAAUGUUGUGGGAGAAGAAGACUCAGUUGGCGCGGGAGACGCGAGCAGCUGUGGACUCUGAUAUCGGUCAGGGUGAGAUACGGGCCAUGAAGUCUGAGAUCCACCGUAUGCAGGUCCGUUAUACACAGCUGAUGAAACAACAAGAGAAGAUGAUCCAGGAGAUGGAGAAGGCUGUAUCCAGGAGAGAUACCAUUGUCACCCGAGGUGAUGCACAAUCCAAGCUAAAUAAGAAAGUCUUGACCAAAGGCACAUUUGAGAGGCAACAGUUAGAGCUGCGGAAGAAAAUCAAACAAACCAUACAGGAUGCCAACUCUUGUGAUAACGAGAUACGGGACCUGCGAGACAAUCAGCAGGAAAUCAGCCAUGUGCUGGAGGAGAAACAGAGAAAUGUCCAGCAAUUACAGAGCUCUGCGGAUACAUGUGAUGGGGAUAUAGAGAGACUGAUGGAGCAGAAACAAAGGAACUUGUCAGAGCUGUUGUCAAAGCAGCAGAAGACCAAGUACUUCCAGCAAGCCAAGGAUGGGAAGUAUGUAAUGUUGUGUAAGAGCCCUGAGAGUCUGGAGACAGAGGCCCAGAAGCAGACAGAGAGGAUGCAUGCCCUGAGUACCAUUGUGGACAGGCUCAACCAGGAGUUCCCUUAUGCUCAGCCGUCCCUCCGUAAAGUCACCCUGGCCCUUACCUCCCGCCUGGCCUCUCAUGACGAGCAAACAGUAUAAGACCGUCCUCCAGACAUGUUCUUUCUGAUCACUGACCAGCAUCUCUCUACGUGUACUUUAAAUACUGUACAUAUCAGAGUUUGUGUACAUAUGUACUCAGUCCGUCCAUCCAUUCCACAUGCGCAUCUUGAAAUGUGUUUUUCUUGUGGCGGGAUAUUUUGACACGACACCUUACUUAUGCUUGACACAAAUACUUAUUUAUUUAAUACAUUGUACAGUUUGCCUGUAAUCUUAUAACUGGUGAAAAUAAAA